AUCCACGUGUCUUCUCUUCUCUUCUUUUUUUUCGCAGAGAAAAAGCCAGUGAUUUUCAACUCUUCCCCUACGUCUUAAUUAAGCCGACAAAGUAGAAGGCAAAUCCUAAGCGUUUUCUUCUCCAAAUAAUGCUCAACAGAUAGGCUGAUAUACCGCUACAGCUUGCCAUGUACAACAGGUGUAAAUUAUGCUUUCUUAACAGUUCAUCCAUGCUUCUGUUGUAUUCUUCUAGACAAGAUAAUUUGAGAGGUCUUGAGUUGUAAAAGGUAUCGUGCCAUCUUAGUUUUGAUACACACUUUAUUGCAGGAUUCAUUUUUUCAGAAUUAGUAUUUGUUGAUGUAUCUAUUUCUCUGUUUUCACAUGACUUUUAGAUGCACCAAAGCAUACAAGGUAAAGCAUAUGAGGUGUUUGAUGAAAUGUUUAUGUGAGAAAAGCAUAUAAGUUUUAUAGUUCAGCCUAUCACUUUUUUUUUAGAUUAGAUGAUAAUGUGUUCUAUAAAUGCCUAACGUGCUUGGAAUGUUUGUGUGUUGCUUUGAAUGAUUGAUAUUCAAUACUUGCUUGGUACCUGAGCAUUAAUACCCUUAGCUUACAUGGCUUAAAACAGGGGAGUGUUUGAAGUUUUCUGAUUCUAAAUGUUGGUGUAGAAAAUUCUUAAGAAUGGGAUCCAGAAAUUGCGUUUGUCUUGACACAUUAGAUUGGAAUGGGACAAGAAAGAAUGAGGGAACAGAAAUGUAUAGGAGAAGGCAAAGCUUAGGACACAUGGGAGAGAAGAGUUUAAAUGUAAUUUAAUGAGCCCUUCACUUUCUUAUUGUGAAAGAAUUAUUGUAUAUAAGAAUAUGCUUUAGGAAUAUACUCUAGACAUUAUUAUAGUAAGAAUAUGCUUUAGGAAUAUACUCUAGACAUUAUUAUAGUAUAGCAUCUUAUGUAGGAAUAUUCCUUCUUUGUAACCUAUAUAUAGGGUCUUAACCCUCUUAUAUUAUACACAGAAAAUUCUUCCACUCUCAUUACUAUUAUAUGCUUAAUUCUGAUAACAUGGUAUCAGAGCCUUAGGAAAGAUUUAGUUCCUUUUUUCUUUUAGAUUUCAGCUUAGUUUUUCAGACUGGGUUCCUUCUCAAAGAAACCUGAUUUCAGUUCAGACUCUCCAGAACCUCUAGGCACCAUUCUGUCUCCCAGAAACUCACUCCAGGACAGAUUUUUUUUAGCCCCCCUCUAUUCAGAACCUUUGUGCAGACCAUAUACCCCAUCUGUGCCAGGUGCUCGCAGUCUGCAGUUCCAAAUCAGCACCCAAGUCAGACGCGCCGUUCUCUGGGGUCUGGUGGUUUGUCGCUCGCGUCGCACAUCUGUGGAAAUAUCGCUGGUCGCUGGGGUCUGCCAGUGGAUAUCUGUCGACGACAUACGCGCGAUAUUCAUGUGGCUGAUUAUUCACUGGGGUCUGGCAUCUAACUUCUGUCUGGAGUAGCAGUCAAAGCCCGAACAUAUCUUUUGUUCUCCAGCCCAAAACGGGCUGCUGUAAGUUUUCAUUAAAUUAAAUAUCUCAAUUUUCAAUUUUAUUACAGUUUCAGGAAAAAAAAAAUGUCUGGUUCUGACACCUCCACUGUAACACAAAGUCAGCCUUUGAUAGUUUCUGAAGUUAUUCCCAUUAAUUUUAAAAUUACUGAGAAUAAACUUUGUGGCUCUAAUUAUCUUGAAUGGAGUAAAACUAUCAAACGCUAUUUAAGGAGCAUUGAUAAACAUACUCACUUAGUUGAUGACCCGCCAAAGGAGGAGGUUGAUAGAGUUGCUAAUACUGCCUGGCUUCGUGACGAUUCUAGAUUAUUUAUCCAAAUUCAAAACUCAAUGGAGAAUGAGGUAAUGGGGUAUGUUAGUCAUUGCGAUACUGUGAAAGAAUUGUUUGAUUAUUUGGAAUUUAUGUACUCUGGAAAAGGUAAUCUUAACGACAUCUAUGAGGUGUGCAAAGCCUUUUACAGAGCGGAAAUGAAAGAUAAGCCUCUCACGGCUUAUUUUAUGGAUUUCAAGAAAACCUAUGAAGAGCUGAAUACAUUAAUGCCAUUUAGUCCUGAUAUCAAAGUGCAGCAAAAACAAAGAGAACAAAUGGCAGUGAUGAGUUUUUUGGCUGGUCUAACAUCUGAAUUUGAAACAGCCAAAUCACAUAUCUUAUCUAGUGAUGAGGUCUCUUCUCUUCAAGAAUCUUUCACUAGAGUGCUUCGCACCGAUACUUCAUCCACGCCAGUAGCACCUCAGUCAAACAGUGCAUUUGUAGGGCAAGUUCCAACGCUUACCCAAGGAGGUGAGAAAUGGCCACGUACUGGUCCAUCUGGCAAAGGCAUAGUAUGCAACUACUGUAAGAAGCAUGGACACUUGAUCAAAGAUUGUAGAAAAUUAAAAUUCAAAAAUCAAGGAAAUCAAGUUGCUCACAUUGCUUCCGCUACAAAGUCUUCUGAUGGAUCAAUCAAUAUGUCUUCUGAGGAAUACGCCAAAUUUCUUUGCUACCAAGAGACUCUAAAGCAUUCAUCUACUCCUAUCUCAGCUGUCGCUAAUUCAGGUAAUCCAAACACAUGUCUUGUUUCUUCAUCCUCAAAAUGGGUCAUCGACUCAGGAGCAACCGAUCAUAUGAUAGGUAAUCCUAACCUUUUUUCUUCAUUCCACACACCUCUUCAUACUUCUACUGUCACUUUAGCUGAUAGGUCUACCUCCCCAGUCUUAGGAUCGGGAACAAUUGUCCCAACAUCCACCUUACCUUUGUCACCUGUCCUAAGUCUUCCAAACUUUGCUUUUAAUUUGAUUUCGAUCAGUAAAAUCACGCGUAAACUAAACUGUUCUGUAACCUUUUUUCCUGGAUAUUGUGUAUUUCAGGAUCUGUUGACGAAUCAGAUUAUUGGUAAAGGAUAUGAGUCGGCUGGUCUCUAUCUUUUGGACACAUCCUUACCUAAAACCAUCUCCUGUCUUGGGGUUGGAUCUGUGUUAGAGGCUCACUAUCGACUAGGACAUCCAUCUCUCCCUUUGUUGAAGAAAAUUCAUCCUCAAUUUAAUAAGGUGUCGUCUUUACAGUGUGAUUCGUGUCAAUUUGCAAAACAUCAUCGUACUAGUUUAAGUCCUCGAGUCAAUAAACGAGCACAUGCUCCUUUUGAACUUGUUCAUUCUGAUGUUUGGGGUGCUUGCCCCGUUGUGUCUAAAAUUGGCUUUAAAUAUUUUGUUACCUUUGUUGAUGAUUAUUCUCGUAUGACUUGGAUUUACUUUAUGAAACGGCG